AUGCCUCCUUCCCGCUCCAGCGUAACGAGCGACAGCCAUGAGCGCCUCGAACCACGACUCCUGCGCGCCGCAGAAUCAAACGACGUCGAGGCCCUCAAAAAAACAAUAGCCCUCGCACAAGAAUACCACCAAUUAACUGACAACUUCCUCCGCAUCGGAUUGAUGCGCAGCGCAGAACGUGCUUGCGUCGCCGCGACGGAAUGUCUCCUCACCCUCGGCGCAAAAACAGAUGUCCCCUCAAACCGCGCCUCGCCACUUCUCCGCGCCGUAGAGCGCGACCAUUACGAAAUAGUCCGUCUCCUUCUGGACCACAAUGCCAGUCCAGACUCUGCCGAUAAAGAGGGUCGCACGGCCCUCAUGACUGCUGCAUGGAAGAAUCACGCUGAUAUUCUGCAUCUGCUCAUCAUGCGCGGCGCGGAUGUUAAUAAGCGUGAUCUGCGCCGUCGCAAUGCGUUGCAUAACCUUGCGGCUGAUAAGGCUUGUCGGUGGGGGGAUGAGCUUGGACGGACGCCACUGCAUUGGGCUUGUGCAUCGGGGAAUUGGAGGUUAGCGGAGAUGUUGCUGACGAGGACUGGUGAGGUGGAUGGGGAGGUGCAGAUGCCCGCGAAGGUCGAUGCUGUUGAGUUGCGUGGUAAGACUGCGUUGCAUGUUGCUACGGCGCAUGACCGGGUGGAUAUCGUGCAGCUGCUGAUUGCACAUAAGGCGGCUGUGAAUGCUGCUAGUGAUGGUGGAUGGACGCCACUUCAUAAUGCUUGUGAUAAGGGGUGUGAGGAUAUUGUGCGAAUUUUGUUGAGCGAAGGCGCGCAUAUCAAUGCGCAGCUCUUGAAUGGAAUUACGCCGCUGCAUCUUGCUGCCCAGGGGGGGGAUAAUUUUGGCAGUACGCCGUUUCUUCGCGCGGCGCAGUUCAAACGAAAGGAUAUUGUGCUAAUGCUUGCGCCCUUUAACAAUGUUGAGAGUCUGUCUGAUGAUAUUAAGGAGGCCUGUGCCGCGUUCGAUGCUACUGUUGUUGAUUUUGGCAACUUUCAUAAUGAGAAUCGGGUUAAGCGCAUGUCAGUGUUUAAUUUGCUAUAUGGCAGGGACCGGGAAAAUCCUAGGAAACAGGCUGUUACCACUGUGCCAGCUGAUAGUCGUGCGACUGAUUUCCGGUGGAUUCACUUGCCGGCGAAUAAUAUGGCAUGGGUGGAAGCCUUGCUCACCAAGUCGUUUAUUGAGGAGGGAGCACAUGAUGUUGAUGGGUUUAAGGGGCUGGAGAAGUCUUUCAACUAUCAGCAUCGGGGUCAAAGGACUCACUCGCACUUUAUGCGGCCGUUGUGUCAGAAUACACCGCGGACGAUGCUACGGCGAUAUGAAGAAGAGACUUCAGAGGAGCCAGCGUCUGAUCAGGGACAGGCGAAAGCCAUGGAUGGCAACGCCCGCAAGCAGAAAGGCACAGGAAGCAAGCCUGACAAGGCAGAUUCUUAUUUCCCCGACGAAGGGACAGGGCCCCAUGGAAAAAAGGGCAAAAACAAUCAAAAGCGUGGCAAGUCGGGCAGCGCACCGGGAACUCCCAAGCAGCCCGAGACGAAGGGAAAGUCACUGUGGGGACAGAGCGAGAAACAGGCGAGAUCAUCACCUCUGUCAUCAUCAACCUUUUGUAAAGAUCCCCACCCGUUGGUUUCUGCUUGUAAUGUCUGCGUAUUCAUGCCAUAUCUGCACUUUGAAACCGCGGAGCGCAGACAACAGAUGCAGGAUGCAAUUUCCCGAGCAGAAACGCUGGAUUUUGUAUCUAAUGGGGUGAAGCGGACGCGCACAAGAGAUGUGCUGCUCAUUGACGCCCAUCUAUCAUCCUCAACGACCUCCCUCCAUGUCCGCCGAACACUGGACCAGUUCUUCUACCCAAAUAUCGACACCAAGAGCCGCGAUCAGGAUCAAGUGGUGUACCGAUACCAAACAAAAAGCCCCGGUAUGGGGGUAGACCCCAAGAUUUUCAUGGUUGAUCAACUGUGGAUGUGGGUUUUAGGCACGAAUUUAAUCGUAACAGCUUUCCCACAGAGAUGGGACCAGCCCAAGAAUGACCCGCUCAAUGUGCUAGAUGGGAUUAUCGAGGAUAUCAAUUCCAAAACUCGAGAUCCUGUCAAAUCUGUUUAUGAUUUGGCCAUGAUAAUCACAAAUCGAUGCUCCGGGGUCUUUGAUCGACACCGCCUGGGUGACGAGGAGUAUCAGUUCCUAGAUAUGUUCGAGUCCUCUAUCGGUAUAGCCACGGACAAAGAGACUGUGCUCUUUAACCAAUUCAACCACGCCUCCGGACAGGCAUCAGACUGGCUGAAAAGCCACCGCAAACUGAACGGCUCCUUCAGCUCUCCGCCAAAGUCGGGUAAAGGGACAGCUGACGAUCAAAGCAGCAACUACUGCGACGAGGACGGCCAGCCACUAUUUGUCGAUCGACUCCUGGACAUUGGACAGGAAACUAAUCUUCUAGCCGAGACAAAGGACAUCCGAGACGAGCUGAACAUGAUCCGGACGGUGCUGGAACACCAGAACAAUGUAUUGCUUGACUUCCAAGAAGUGAUCUGCGAGACCUAUCAAGGCCAGCACCGAUCACAAUUUGAGGUCAAGAAACGGUUCAAAGACCAGCAGCGCAUGAUUGACAUGCACCUGAAGGACAUUGACCGCAUGGACAAGCAGGCCGAGCGUAUCUACCACUCCAUCACGGAUCUGCUCGACCUCAAGCAAAAACACGCUAAUGCCUUCGAAGCACGCUUUGCGCGUGACCAGGCUGCUGGUACAGCCCGCCAGGGAAAGACGAUUAUGGUCUUCACUAUCGUUACUAUCAUCUUCCUACCGCUGUCGUUCAUCGCCUCCAUCUUCACGAUCAACCUCAAAGAAUUCGAGAACUUGAAUCUCGGUUAUGUGGCAAAGUAUACCUUUGGUAUCGGCUUUGCAAUCUCCAUCCCACUUGUCUGGCUCGCUCUCACGGUCGACGAUAUUGGUGGUUUCUUCCGCGUGGGCAGCCGACGCUGGCGGUCUAACCGGGAGAAGGUGCUUGCAAAGAGUGAAUGUGGCGAUGAAACGCUCCAGGUCUUGGAGAUGGAGAAAAUGAUAAGUUUGUCGCGCAUGCGGAGAAGCAUUGAUGUUGGAUAUGGUGGUCAUGUUUUACCUGUUUCAUCACGCGGCACGGGGGAGUCAAGAAGGCCUGAUCUAUAUGUCGGUGGAUUGGGCAAUGGCACUGUGCGGAAAAGUUACGAUCUGCGGUCUAGUCAAGACUACAGAUCACGAUGA